UUCGAAUGCGAAAAAGAGGCUGAUUUCCGCUCGUAUGCUGCUUGUUUUAUAACUUCGCGUUCCUAAGUCGAAGCGUUUCCGAGUUAAGAUAAAUGUAAAAAGUGCUAUUCCUUUGCGACAAUUCUGUGGUGUGGUUCUGGCAUUGUACCGCAGUGUUUCCGUUUCCCAUUAUUGGAUGUGAAAGUGUUGCUCGUUUCGAGGUGAUUCAACAGCAAAAAAAAUACAAAGGCAGAGCGAAGCCCAAGUGAAGUGUUGUGUCCGCCGUGAAACUCCGACAUUUUACUCGCGCAGCGCCGUAUGUAAGGUGCGUGAGUGAUCGUGGGUUAGCAGUUUGGCAUCGACGGAAUUUUCCAUACGGAAAUCACCAGUGGACCGGAUUAUUUCAUCCUGGCCAACCCCGGCCAGCCCAGAGCCAAGACCAACGACGCGCAACGUUCAAUGAUAUAAAAUGUCCUCAAUUUCCAACAGUACAACGUUCUUCCAGAACGGCAACGCCGCCCAGUUCGAGUACGUGCUCGGGCUCUACCCGCAGGUGCUGAAGCUAAAGGCGGACAACCGCGGCGUUGGCAAGAAAGCCGAAAAGCUGAUGCGUCUGGACGACUGGUACCAGAACACGCUGCCGAAGUUGAUCCAAAAGCGCGGCAAGGAUGCCCACCUGCAGCACGAGGAGUUGGUACAGACGAUGGAAUGGAAACAGGCGCGAGGGAAAUUCUACCCCCAGCUGACCCAUCUAAUCAAGAUCAACACACCGCGUGCGGUUAUGAUGGAAACGAAGAAAGCCUUCCGCAAGCUGCCGAAUCUGGAGCAGGCACUGAAUGCGCUCUCCAACCUGAAGGGCGUGGGUAUUACGAUGGCGUCGGCCCUGCUGGCGGCUGCUUUACCGGAAACGGCUCCCUUCAUGGCGGACGAGUGCCUGAUGGCGUUGCCCGAUUUUGAAAGCAUCGACUACACCGCCAAGGAAUAUUUGAAGUUUGUAACGCACAUUCAAACUAAGGUGGAUCGCUUGAACAAGGAAGUCCAUGGCUCCUCAGAAGAGGAAACCAACGGUGAGGUGAAACCGAAGAAGUGGUCAGCACAUGCCGUGGAACUAACAAUGUGGUCCUACGCUGUCGCAUUUGACUUGCAACCGGAGCUGCUUGCAGGUAUGCCGGAAAGCAACGGCAUUGUUCCAGCAUCAAACGGAACAGCAGCCAGUGUAGCCGUAACUCACGAUGAGAACUCGCGCAAUGGUGACCGUUCUGACGACAGUAAUCUUGACAGCGAGAGUACAUCAAAGGAUGCGAUUACCACCAAUGGAAAUGCCAACGCAGAUAGCUUAGACGGUUCAGAAAACGGGAUCUCCAACCAGAGCGAUGCUAUAGUUGCUAGCGCUAACGACACAAACGGAGAUGUCCCUGCAGAUAGCUUAGACGAUUGCACCAAGUCAGGUGACAGUUUAGAUGCACCUCCAUCGGCAACUGUAGAGGAAACUGCUGCUGCCGUGGCCACUCUCUGCACUGGCAAUGGUGAGCAAACUGCGGACAGCGAUUCGCAAAGCAGCAACAGCCAGAAACGUCCGCUAUUUUGCGACGAAAACUCCGAAGAUCAACCAGAAUUGAGCGCUCCAAAGCUGCUUAAAUUGUAGAAGGGAUUGGAUAGCACGAAACCGAUUUUUCUUCUAAACCCCUUCCCUAAGAUGGUUUUGCGUUAGUGUGUGAGCGGUAACGAGCGCAUGAGCGAGGACAUGAAGUCGGCUGUUUGAACGUAGAAUCACGGCAUGUGUUGUUUCUUCAUCCCCACAACCCAUCAAACCACGCCACGUAUUUAUAACGCCUCUAUUAGGUUAGCAACCGGAAACAUUCACAACUAGGCUGCACACGAUUUUAUCAACUGUUCAAUAGUUCAUCCCAAUAAUUCCCCACCCUAGCGUAUAUAGAACUACUCGUUGCUGAUGCCGAACAUUUAGUAUAAUGUAUUUUAUUCAUAAUUAUUUUAUUUACAAUCCAGCAUUAACAGAAGACUAGCGGUAGACAUUACAAUACGCGAGUUGGUUUUUUUUUAAUUAAAUUGAACAAAGCUUUCAAUCGAUGCACACAAAAAGUAUACAAUAAACAGCAAACAGUGUUUAUAUUGUCAGCCCUAGUUCAUUGAACGAUUUGAGAAUGGCACAACAUGAAUGGAACGCAAGCUGCAAAAAAGUUACAUACUAGAGUAUUCAUCAAGUUCUUUUCACCACACACCGAGUUAAAUUCGCUUUUCGUUUGAACCAUCUCCCUCCUGCAAUAGUACGAGCCUCGCCUCUAUGAUGGGGCGGUCGGGUUGAUUGCUGCCGCAACGAGCUUUUAUUUUAUGAAAAUUGCCUUUUGCCAGAAUAAUAGCUUUGGAAAAGACAUGAAAAACAUACACCGUAAGGUGUCCUGCUUCCGUAUGGCUUGUUAGCCGGUCAAAAUAGUCUUGAAUGUAAACGUCUUAGAUCUGACCCUUCUUUAUCGACAGCCUCCGCAGGCGACUGUUAGAAUGCAUGGCAACGACACUAAUCUGAUUCUGGCAGCAGCACCCAGCCUACUGGGAUUUCUUUUAAUAGCAAGAUGAUCGAAUAACAACUUUGUGGCUCACGCAUAGAAUAAAUUAAUUAAAAUUAUUCUUUUAAUUUAAUCAUAUAUUUUUAAUGCGCAAAAUUAGAAACUAGGUUGUCUUACAUAUUUGCAAAAGAAUAUUGACCGUCAUAUAUUUUUGUGGAGAUACAUAUAUCAAAUUUGUUACCAAUCAACAAUAAGUACACCAAAAAGAGCAAACUAGCAUCUUUACGACUUUAAAAAUGUGAUUUUUUCACUUCUCGAAAUUCAGGCACCUUACGGUAAAAAGCAAUUGAUUUUUUCUGUUUAGCUGCCGUUUGAAAGAUCGAUAACUUGGGCAAAGUUUCAAAUUAUAGACUGCCAAUCAAACUCAAAGUGUCGUUUCCAGUUUUAAUUGUUAAAAUAACCAAAAAAAUAUUAAUAAAAAUUUGUAGUAUUUUUUUCCACAUCAGCUCCACUGAUAGAGAUUUAGCUCGUCCUUUCCCGACUCGUACCUAUUCAGCAGCAUCGGCACUAAUCUAAAAGAUCAUCUUUCUCACGCCCCCAAAAUCAAAAGAACUGAAAACCCACUUGCUUCGAUUCAUUAGCAUUUUCUGCUACACACGGCACUCUUCCUUGGUUUAAAAGAAUCGUGCUGUCCGUCCCAUUCUUCAGGGUCCUCCAGUACACAGCACCUCGUAAUAAGCAGCAAGCAAGUUCAACUGAUAGAAUGUGACUUAUUAGACACUAAGGCAAAAACAUUCACCCUCUAUAGUAUGAACAUUCACCGGCUCGAUACCUUUAAUGCUGCAAAUAGAAGUAAGCAAGAUUCUCACAAUGUGAGAUGAAGACAAAAAAAAACAGUGGAAAAUACAACAAAGCAGGAUGAAUAUAUAUUUUUGAUAGUAUAUUUAUACUUAACUAUUGAGCUGAUUUUUUUUUCUUUUGAAUGACACAAAAUGCAGUACAGCGCCACAUACGAGUUAUUAAGAAUAUCCUUUACUUAAUCGGGACGAGUUCGCCACAAACCUGAAUUCAGACGAAAAAAAUGGCGCCAGCUCUAGUAUAAGAAGUAACAAAACUACUCGUAAGAUGAUAAUCAGUUGUAUCGUGAAGAUCUUCUUUUCUAAACACAUUAUAGGUUACAAGAAAUAGUGGUAUAGCAAAUAAAAAUACAAUCAUCCAAAAA